CUUUUCAGUUUCAGUCGCAAAUGGUCUGCUCCUUCACGAUGUGGCUGAGCUUUCCUUGAAUGCGAGCGUUUCCGUUACUCCUUCUUUCUUUAUCAAAUACUUACCUAUUACAUUUGGAAGCGCAAAGUCUAGUCGGACCUCCACAUCAUUUUCCAUUCCCUCCCCCUACAUCCUUCCCGACGCCACGAGUAGUGUGUAAUGUGUGUGUGUGUACGCCUUCCCGAGGGGAAGAAACUGCCUUCCUCAACCCGAAAUAAAAAGUCAGUGACGACGGGUUUUACGAGUGAUCCAACAAAUUGAGUGAAAGCACCACAGGACAUGAGCACACAGUGCCGGAAGUAGUCACGCCUCGGCGAAGCAUUGUGAUAGUUGUGAUAGCAAAGCAAUGAACGAUGGAUAAUCAAACAACGGUCAAGAAGCUGCAUUGCGAUGCACACUCCGUUAUUGUGCAGCGAUGAGAGAGUAACGGUGGACUGGUCAGUGUUUGUCGUCGUUAAACCUUCGGACUUAUAGUUCUCUGGAGAAAGCGAUUGGACUCCAUUGAUCGAAGUGAUUCCACUGUUAGAGUGUGUGAUUCGUGUGCGGCUGUUCGAAUAGUCAAAUUAUACUUGCUGUUAGUUCUACCGCGGGCGUAAAAGGAUACAACACUGUGAUACACUUUAUUCUAAAACAUUACAUCUUGGGCUUCAUUAGCGUGAAAAUGGCGCUACAACAUUCUUAUUUAAUGGUCCCAGCGGCAACGUUCGAUUCAAGCCGAAGGCAUUUACAACAAUGCACCGUUCAUGCAUGCAGCCACAUCACACGUAGGCAAUCUCGUCCAGAUCCAGACGCCAGCCGGCCACACAUACGAAGGAGUGUUCAGAACAUUUUCCUCACAGUUUCAGGUUGUGCUGGAAAUGGCACAUCGCGUUGAGAUUGGUCCCGAUCAGAAGCCAAAAAUUAACGUCGACACGUUCGUGGACCGACUGAUUUUCAAACCGCACGAUAUCGUAACGAUCGUGGCAAAGGACGUCGAUCCGGAGGACGCUACGAGGGAUACGUUCAAAACCGAUACGGCAAUUUCGCGUUGCAACGGCACGAACUGGUUGGAGGAUCGCGUGCUGGAACCGUGGGACGAAAGCGGCGACCUGAACGGUGAAUCGCUCGAGCAGAGCCUCGAGCUCGACUCGAACGCGGAUGGGUGGGAUGUGAAUGAUAUGUUCCUGAAGAACGAACAGGUGUACGGCGUGCAAUCGACGUUCGACCAGUCCCUGUCCGGCUACACGGUGCAGAUUCAGAAGAAAGACAGCGAAGAGUUUAAGGUGCAGGAGCAGGAGGCGGAAAAGAUCGCCAACGAGAUAGAGAACAACCCGGUGUACAAGGAGCGCAUCGAUAUCGAGAACGGUGACGAGGAGGCCGCCUUUGCCGCCGUCAUCCGCCCGAACAGCAACAACAGCCCGCAGCCCGCCGCCGGCGGCGUUGCGGAUAAGAACUCGAACAGCGUCAGCAGCAGCAGCAGUAGCACUAGUAGUAGCAGCGGCAACAGUAGUAACGCAGCGAACAGUAAUAGUAACGGAAACAAUAACCUAGCGAGCAAUACGAACAAUUCGACCAACAACAACAGCAGCAGCAACAGCAGCAGCAGCAGUAGCACGGGUCAGGCGAUGCCCUCGAGCACGAAGUACGUCGUGCCGGCCAAGCGCAAACCCGGCCAGGCUGGCAAGCUGGUGCGAAGCACCCCUCCUCCCUUGGCCAACAGUAAUAAUAAUAACGGAGGCCCACCAGUAGUGACGACACAGCAGCAGCAGCAGCAGCAGCAGGUGCAGGUGCAGCAACAACAGCAGCCACCAAGCCCGCAGGCUCCGCACAAAAACAGUUACGGACAGAUGAUGUCCCAGCAGCAGCAGCAGCAGCAGCCUCCGCCAGGCAGUCAGCAACACGGAGGCGGUGCUGGUGGAGGUGGUAUGGGUCAUCCGCAGUACGGAAUGCACCCGAACCAAUCGCCUUACGGGCACGUGCCGCACCAGCAGCAACAGCAGCAGCCUCCGCCGCAGCACGGCCAGCCGCCGGUAAUGAACUCGAAUAAGAUGAACGGCGACGGGCGGGGCGAUAUGGGCGGUGUCCCACCCGGCGGUGGUGGUAGUGGCAAUAUGAAUGUAAAUAGCAACCAAAAGCCUCUUCCACAGCGGGGAGUUCGCCAGUACGCGAACGCACCGGCACCGAUGACGUACAGUGAGCCGCCGCCAUCGCUUAACCCGCAGCAAAUGGGUGGCCAGAUGCAGCCCAUGUCUACGAAGCCCCCGAUGCACCUGGCGCAUCCGCAUCACGCCGUUGUGCCGCCGCACCUGCCGCCACCAACGGUGGUGCCGGCCGAGCACGUCGUGAUGCAGCAGCAUUCGAUGGCGAUGCCGCCGCCCGUUCAGCAGCAGCAGCCACCGCCGCCCCAACAGCAGCAGCAGCAGGCUCAGGUGCAGGCGCCACCGCCCCAACCCCAGCGCACGGUUGUCGUCCGAAAUCGGGACAUGGAAAUCGACAAUCUGCGCAAAUUCAACCAAGACUUCAAACUGGCCCCUCCGCAGCAACAACCGCCUAUGCCAAAUGUUCACCAGCAGCCGCCUCCUCCGGCGCCGCAGCAGCAGCAGCAGCAACAGCAGCAGCAAGGACCACCCUCGCACAACGUCGUGGUGCAGCAGGCGCCACCUCCCCAGCAGCAACCCGACCACUCGACGCCACCGUCGCUGGACAGUUCGCCCCCGCUGGUCAACAGUCAGCAGCAGGGCAAGAUGGUGGUACCAUCGCCCCACAGCGAGCCACCGCCCCAGCAGGCGCCACUGAAUCAGCAGCAAAAUCAAGCCUCCCAGACCGCCUCGGGUAUGGUGGUUGUGCCGGCCCAGCUGGCCUCCCAAUCGCCGCACCUUGUGCAGCAGCCGCCGCCACCGGUCGUGCAGCAACCGCCACCGCAGCAAGGCCAACAGCCGCCAGUAGUGGUCGGCGGCGGCUCGCCGCCCCAGGCCCAGCAGCAGCAACCGAAUCACGUCACCCCUACCGGUGCCCCUGCAACCGGCCCUGGCAGUCAAAAUGCGGCCGCUGGCAGCACCGUUCCGUCGGGCGGUGCACCGAACGGCAAUGCGAACGGUGUCGGUACUCCGGACGGAACGUCCGCGAACGGAAAUGCGAGCGGGGAGCCGAAACCAGGCACAGCCACUAAGAAAGUGUUCACGUUGAACCCGGCGGCGAAACCGUUUACGCCGCGCAGUCCAAGCACUCCCAAUCCGUCACGCCAACCAACCACUAACAGUAACAUAAGUAUCAUUAAUGGUAAUCCUUAUUUCGCACGCCCACUGAAAAGUCACACGUCUUCUAGCCCGCACACACCACAAACGCCGGGCCCGGCUGCGAUAACCCAGGGCUCGUACCAGCAGUCACCGCACGUCAUUCCGCAACAGUUCGUGACGUACGUGGUGAAUCCGUCCUCAUUCCAAACCGCCCAGCAGCACCAGCAAGUGGCCCAACAGACGCGCAUCCGCAAUGGCCGACAAGGUAGCUACCGGAAUGACAUUUUUCCAGUCGGUGCAUCGCAGAUGCAGGUAGCGGCCGCAACUGGGCAGCCACUGCUGGCGCCUAACCCGCUGCAAAUAAUGUCUCCGUACGGGCCGGCGAUCCACGCGCAACCCUUCCAGGCGGCGCCACCGUUCCAUCAGCCGUACCGCUUCUACGAAACGCCCCAGCCGGGCCAGAUCCAGUAUCUGGCCGCGACCCCGCCAUCCACGACGCCCUCGCCCGGCCAGCCGCACCAGCAGUACCAUCCGGGUCCGCAGCCUUCGCCGGCUGGCGGUGGCCCACCGACCUACCAGACGGUGCACCAUCAGCAACCGACACCGUACCCGAUCCCGGUCCCCAUCGUACAGCAGCAGGUAGUGCCGACGCUCUACCAAAAUAUGCAGUCCGCACCGCAACAGAACCACCACCAGCAGAACCUGCACGUGAUGCACGUGGCCCAGCACCCGUCGGCACAGUAGCAUAAGUUCUCCGCUGGUGCGCCCGGUACCAAUGGGUGCCCACCGCCCCAUCCGUCGUACGCAAAGGUGUUGAAGAACUAGAGCGCAUACGCGAACGGUACGCAAGGCUGGCAAAACAAAUAGUGCGGCGGAGGUCGUCCCAUCCGCUGCUGCGACCCUUAGACAUUUAAUGGCACAUUGAAAGCGUACUGCGCAAAGAAAAGGGAAGACAAAAUAAAAUAUACAAUCUGAAAGCCAUGCAUAAGGGUGAACAAGAACAAACGAACUGAAUUAUAUAUGUAUAAAUGGUCUAACGGAAGCGCGGUUAUUACUACUUUAAGACAGUGAGACGCCGAAUCGCGUUCUGCUGAAUAUAGGCAAAUGUUUACACGAGAAACGGGAGAAACAGAACGAGCGAAACUGUUAACACUACUGCUACCGGGGAAUAUAUUCCCGUCAUCCAAUACUCCUGAGUCGCUCGAUUAACCGGUAUUGCUGGUUGCAUGCUCGUGGGCUGCCAUCGUGUACGCAUACAAUGAUGCCUGCGUUCAUCACUUUCACGAUAUAUCUCCUGAAACGAGCUGCUUUCCGUCACGUAUGCAAGCAGUUGUGUGGUAUUUUUUUUGGAUUAAGCUGUUGUUUUAGUAGUUUCAUGUUUUUGUUCUACCAUCAUAAUUUGUGACAAUGACAUUCCCCUUUUCUCUAUGGCGAAGGCAUAUUUUUAGUCGUUUCCAACAUGCCAUUAAUGUCAUUAACAUCCAUGGAUAGUGUUAUGUUGUGAGCACUGGUUUUGAAAUUUUAUGUGUGCGCUUCAUGGCGCUUUCUGACGGGUGUGUAUUUGUUUGUGAGCACGUACAGUGAAGCUCCGCGAUCAGGAAAGUGUUUCGGUAAUGAUUGAAAUGAGCGCAUCUCGUGUGUUUUGGUGACAUGGCGAUUUCCGGAUCGUUUCUAACGGUACGGUAAAUAUGAACAGAUUGUAGAGCAGGCUCUCUUAGCCUUCUUGAUAAGUAGAUCUUUUGGGGGAGAGGCAAAAACUACUUAGAAUAUUUCUAAACUGUGCUGGGUGGGCACGGAACAGCAAGACGAGUACGGUGGUAAACAUAGGCACACACACACUUGUUUGUUGGUCCUUUUCUUUCGCAGUAGAGGAAUGAAGUUGUCUGUAUUCUUUUUGCUCAUAGUCGAACAAGUAAAAUAUUAUACACUCAAUCAUAAGGAAAUGUUGUAAGAAAAGGCAAGAAGGAAGACUGCAGGUGUGGUACGAAACUGCAAACAGUUGAAACGUGAAAAUUGUAUCAUAUAACUGGUUGAGGGUAAGGGUAGUCUAAUCAAUAAGAUCCCGAUAGGAUGUACAUGAGGGAGAAUGUAAAAGCAGCAGCAAUGGCGAGUGAAGUACGCAUUUCUGUGUAACCGACCUAGCCCCAAACAUGGCAUAGAUCGCGCGUUGAUUUUACAUAGGUGUGUAAAGAACGGCACCAACAACAUUGUUGAAGGUGAAUGAUAGUAGCCAUUGAAACAAUAUGACGUAGGCAAGGACUCGGGACGAUAACUUAACAAGAAAAGAAAAAAACACUCACACACGAUACAUGCAUUCGUAUCUUAGCAAAGUAAUACAUUAUUAGAUAAAUCAAAUUAAUCUUAAUAGUGAGGAAGGAAAUAAGUUGGGAAAGAAGUAGUCGGGCAAGACAAGGCAGAAUCGUUAGGUUGAUCGUAUGCAAGAAUGAUUGUAGUGCAAGGAUGCACACGCUGAAAUCUCUUAGGUGUAAAAAAAUGGGUGUGGACACAGCUUGAAUGAACGGUGUAUUGUGUGAUUGUGACAAGAACGGUUAUGUUUUAUGCUGAAGUGAAGAAUCUAGAGCGACAAUUCUUCCGUAAACAAUGGAAAGACUAGAAAAAAGGCAAACCUUUUGGUAAUUAUCAAAGAGCUAAAAAAUUAAGAAGCAACCUUAAGCAAGCCAACAAAGCAUUAGGUGGAGAAGUAAAUGUGUGUGAAAUGAAAGGAUAAUGAAGAAAAUCACAAUUAUCGCUAAUGAAGCAUCUACAAGGUGAAUGCGACUCCGUUGGAAGAAACUGCGAAUGCGUAACACGUAGCCAAUAAAUAUAAUUUAUUGAAUGUCCCAAUUUUUUGGGCAAAAACCACGAAAUGCGAGAGACACGUCAUGUAGUUAGUAGCCAAACAUACUCACGAAUGGAAGAAAAUGACGUAGUGAGCAAAAAACUGAGGGGGAAAACAUCUGACUUCCUUCCUCAUCUAACAUGUGUACGUCUUGCAAACUACAAUUAGACCACACACACUAGCAAUAAAAUGUAGAGCAACAAACUAGUAUUUAGCUAGCUACAAGGACUUGCAUUGUGGUAAGGGCGAUGAAUAGGACGACGCAAGUGACGAUACUAGCGCAAGAUACAACAGUGAUGAACCACUAACUAGGAUAAUGGCGUGAAAACAGCGAUACAGUUCGGUGCUAUUGAGGAGUAAUGAAAAAAGAAUGUAAAUUCUACAAAAUAUCAAAAUAACAGGCAACCGUUGCGCGAUUGUACGAAUGCUGAUGAAUUGCAGGCACGUGCAAGACUAUUCAAACAUGUUAAACAUGUUAGAAAGCAAGAGAACAAAAAAAAUAUACAUAGAACAUAACUAGAAGCCCAAGCAAAGGAAAAGGGGCUUAAAAGACUCAAUCGAAUGAAAUAAAGAGAGAAAGAGAAAGAGAAAGAGAAAGAGAAAGAGAAAGAGAAAGAGAAAGAGAAAGAGAAAGAGAAAGAGAAAGAGAAAGAGAAAGAGAAAGAGAAAGAGAAAGAGAGUAAGAAGCAAAGAAUAUUGAAAAGAUGUAAAAUGCAGUAAAAUGCGUGAGAAUGUUUGCCUGCAGCAAGAGAAUGGCAAGACAAAAAAUGUAAAAUACGUGCAGAUCAUUGACGAAGGGCAACAAAGGAACAAAUCUUCAACAGAAGUCAAAUGGACGGCGUGAUCAUUUGCAAAGAGGUGAAAAAAUACGCCUAUUGACAGAGAAAUGAUGAAAGCAUACUACGCAGUGUUCAGCCAAGAUCACAUCGAACAAACAAAACAAGUGAGAACAGACACAGUUCGACAGACAAACAGAAACGAGUAACAGUGUCAAUGAAGCUGAAUUUGAAAUUUCAAUUACAAUUUUCCUACUCCUGGAUCAAAUUUACGCAAUACUCGAAGGGAUCGAUUUACGUUCUGAAAAGCUCCAGCUAUCUACACGUCUCUGUGUGGGGUUAGGCUUUUUUUCAGUUUUAGAGCUACAAAUAGAUGAAAAGUGAAAGGGGAAAAACUAACGCGAUACAGUCAAACUGAACUGCUACAGCCCAAAAAACGAAAAUAAUCCAUUUUUCCAUUAAACAGGAGCAAUCAUGAUCAUACAAACGUUACACUCAAAAAAAAAAAAACAAAAAAACGCGACAGAAAGAACCUACAACAAACCGUGAGAAAAAGCUUAUACAUUGUUAAAUCUUUUUUUGUUUUUAUUUGUUUUCCAUCUACAAGUACAAUCGCCCGCACUCUUCUUCUGCGUUAUGCCGCGUCCGCAAAGAAAAAUCGAACCUAGGAAAGGCACAUGCAUAUGAGGAUUAUUGCAAUUAGGAUGGUAAAAGCAGAUGUCAAAACCCAGCAUCACUGUAGCGCAUCACGAGAUCAUGUUACACGUUAUAGGGUGAUGCACCUUUUGGGCGGUGGUGAUGGUGCAAAUGAAGCGAUUUGUUAGUGAGUAUUGCGGUGGACGGCAGUUUCACGCGGAAGUGGCGUGGCGAUUGAAAUGUUAUCGUUUACCUUUUUUUCUUUUGUCUGUAAAGAGGAAAAAAGAGCAAAAACCAUUCAGUGAAACAAAAAACAGAAAAAAUAAUAAAAAAAAAACACACUAAACAAAACCAAA